UCAUAUCAUCAAAAGAUUUAAAUGGCUGCAAAAUUCGUUGAAACAAAAACUAUGAUAUCAAAUUCAUAUCCCUCUCUUCCGCCAAUCUUUAUAUAAAUCCCCAUCUCACAACAUAAAACUCAUUGCAUUUUCCAUUCAUCAAGUAAAUUUCAUUAGUAAAAGUGAUAAAAAAUCUCACAAUAUGUCGACUGUGACCUUCACGGAGGAGUUCAGCAGCCCCAUCGCCGCUCCACGGCUGUUCAAGGCUUUGAUCGUCGACGGCGACAACCUGAUUCCCAAAAUUGCCCCUCAAGCCAUAAAAAAUGUUGAGAUUCUUGAAGGGAAUGGAGGCCCUGGAACCAUUAAGAAAAUCAACUUUGCAGAAGGUAGUGAAUUCAAGUACAUGAAGCAUAGAAUUGAUGGGCUUGACGAGGCAGCAAUGACUUAUUCAUACACAUUGAUCGAAGGGGAUCCGUUGAUGGACAAGCUCGACAAGGUUGCUUAUGAAACGAAGAUGGAAGCUAGUGAAGAUGGUGGCACCAAGGGCAAAAAUGGAAGUACGUAUUACACGAAAGCCGGUGUCGAAAUCAAAGAGGAAGAGAUCAAGGCAGGGAAGGAUAAGGCAGCUGGUUUGCUCAAGGCUGUGGAAGCCUAUCUCUUGGCCAACCCGGAGAUUUAUGCAUGAAUUUGUGAUCACCAUUUUCAAUAAAUUUGCAUGCUUAUGUAUUGUGUUUCUUUAAUUUACCCCAAGCUAUGGAAUUAGUUUGGGUGGAAAAUAAGAUGUUUUAUGGAUCGGAGAUGUUUUCGUUUCCUGAUUAAUGCAAGGACCAAGUGUUCUAUGAUUA